CGGGGGAGCGCUCGAAUGCAGGCGUGUCUGAAGCUGAUGAAGACGCCAUGCGUGUGGCGCGAGGUGCCUGUGUCAGUGAGCGAGCCAACGACUGUAGCCGUGCAGUAGCUCGCAUCGAAUGCUUGCUGGCUGGACUCCGAUCACACUUGACAACUACCUCGGCCGCUCGGUCGAGAUGAUGACGAUGCCCCGUGCCCCUCUCUCUUCCUUGCGCGCGCGGUGCAGCGAGCAUUGAGGACGCCAACAAUCAGCUGCAGAGGGAUGAGCUGGAUACCCAAGCCAGGCGUAUGGACACCCAAGGAUCCCUAUGCAGGCGUGGCAGCCUCAGCCGCCGAUUUUGCAGAUCCAGGCGCUCCUCGACGCAGUGGGCCCCCACAUGUCAUCAAUGACAGACACUAUCAGCCUCCACACCAGCCACAGGCCCAGCGACCGACGACACAGCACGCACAUUCGUAUCACUCGCCAUCUAAUACACCUGCGCCCAUUGCGAGGAGACCGCACAAUGCCCAGCCUACGAAUGAGCGACAUGUGAGCCGCUCGGGCACUGCUUCGCCUCAUCGUGCGCAUCCUUCGAGACCGACGAGCGCCCAGUCUGUGCAGCAUAUGCCAAAGGAUGACGAUCUCGAGCGAGCUAUCCGCGAAUCACAACAGGCAUUCGACAGCGAUCGAGCACGUGCAGAGCAAGAGAGGAAAUGGCUCGAAGAAGCAGAGAAAGAGUCUCUUGCCAUCAGACAAGCAGAGGAGACAGAGGAGAGACGAGUACUCGAGCAAGCACGGGCGCAGAGCGAGCGAGAGGCAAAGGAAGCAGCAGACGAGCGUCGCGCUCUCGAGCAGAGCGCAAGAGAAUCUGCGCAGUGGGAAGAACACCGAAGGGCUGAGCAGAUCCGCCGCAGACAAUCUAGUCGCCCGUCGAAGUCACAUUCGCUGGCGCGAUCAAAUGGCACUGAUGAUGACGAUGCUGAGCUGAAAGCUGCCAUCGAGGCUAGUCUUGCCGAAGAGCGUGCUCGCAAAGCUGCUCUCGAGGAAGCCAUGACGGGCUCGGCUAGCCGGAUAGCCCGUACAGAUCAUACGAGCCAUUCAGCACAAUCGGCGCCGUUGUUUCCUCAACGCGCGCCUAUUCCGGUCCGAGAAGCAUCAAGACAGCAGGACAGCCGACGCGAUCCAUUUGGUUCUGCUCAAACAGACAUGUCAUCUUUCGAGCCGCCACCUGCAUACGAAGGCAAUGGUCCUCUGUCGAUCCAGACACAGAACUUCGUUACGCCUGCUUCGCCGCUAUCUGCGGUCAUGAGUUCACCUAGGUCUACCCGGACAGCUCGGCGUUUGCCACCCAUUCCAGGCUCCUCUACCCCCGUCAGCUUCUCGCCUAGCAAAGAUAUACCAUCUGCCGACCCUGUUGCCCGUGCGUCGCCGCCAUCGACUGCAUCGCCGCUGGUCACAGAUCAGAGCGCAGAGAGCAGUCCUGAGCUGCGCGACGUCGAAGUACGAUCCAGCACACACACAAGCCCCACUCAAGCUCCAUCGCGGCUCCCGCCGCCGAUCCCGAUCAGUGAAGCAGCCGAGAGACCAGAGGACGAUACAGACGAUGUCGACGACAACGGUGACGACGACGGCGAGUCGAGACCGACCACACCACGAGCGGAAGAAGCGCAGCAGGAAUACUCAGAUCAAACGCAAGAGGUCGUCAGCGAGUCCGGCUCAGAUCCCUUCGAUGAUAGGCACCUCGCAUCGGGAGACGAAAGUGGGACAGCUAGCGCAGUGCCGCCGCUGUCCGCAAUUGAAGAGAUCGAAGAGCCUGACUACGCUUCGCACGUCGGCAGCUCGAACGCAGGCGCCUCGCAGGACACGACGUUGGCAGACAAUGAAUCUCAUCACAAGGAUCUUGCCUCCGAGCGGGACACAGCGUCCAUCAGAUCAGCAAAAGGUUCGAUCAAGUCUACACGAGAAUCAGUUCGAUCCAGACGCAGUUCUAUAAGGUCUACACGAGAAUCUGCACAUGGCGUGGCGGUAGGCCCUCAAGAUCGCAACGCUGCUCAGGACUAUAUGGAUGGCACUGCCGAGGCGACCUUACCUACUGACGAACGUUUGCGCGUCAUCUAUCGUCGGCCCAACGGCGACGAGGUGCCAACGUCCAUUGUGAACGAUCAGAUCUUCCUCUCCCGCUCAGAUCCAGCAGACUCAGUGCUCGUGCUCGAAGCACGAAGUUAUGCUGCAUUGCUGCGAGGUCUCUACUGGCACGCCGAACGCCAGAUCCUGGCCGUGGAAUCCUCAGGGAACGGUCACGCACCUUUCCAGGUUAAGCUCGGUAUCGAAUGCAAUCGAUAUCUGAAGAGGAUCGCUUGUCGUAUCCAAGCAGACCCAACGGCACGCGCUAGUCCGACACAGCAGCUUGCAUUCACGCCAAAUUGCUCACCGGAUCAUCAAUUGCUCGAUUUUGCUCUGCUAGGAUUUACCUACGAUCUGCCCCUGUCGCUCGACGCUCUAGCAGAGACGCUCGAACAACUUCGUGAGGAAGCUAUCGACACUCGCAGCAAGGCUUUCAGGGUCAACGUGCCCAAGCCCUUGCUCUCCUUCUUGGCAGCUAUCGAGGAUAUAGGUAUCGAGGCAGGCGAGCCAGCAGAACCAGAGCCGAGCAGUAGACGGCGUCGGGUGCUGAACAAGGUCAAGACGAAGCUGGGUCGGCAGCGACGCGUGACCCUGAGCGAGGGCGAAGCACACAUGUCGGCCUACGAAGGCUUUGUCAGGCCAUUCGAUAUCUCCUCGUUCGACAGGUGAUCUGUCAGCCCGCUUGCACGUGAUGUUGUUGUAUGCACCUUCAGUCCUCGUUGGCAU